GUUCGUUCGUGUUCGUGUUGAGAAAAAAUUACGUAUACGACGCGGCUGCAAUUCGAAGAGCCGAAAGACGCGCUUGAAUCGCGCCUCCUUGCGGCCUUCGCCAAAUAAUUAACUGUAAUCGUCUUGAUCCCAUAUUCGCUUUGAUUUUCCCUUCGAUAAGUCAACGGCGUGACAAAGUAGAGAAUUCGAAGCCCAUCAAAAUGGAUGCCCCCAACCAGCCGGAGCAAAAUAAUAAGUUCAUUGUGAAAUAUCGGCAGCAGUAUUAUGAUUUGUCCGACUUUAUGCACAAACAUCCGGGCGGAAUAAACAGCCUAAAGGGUCUCAGUCAGACAGACAUGACAUCUCGUUUUAUGAAGGCGCCGCCACAUUCCGAUGCAGCCAUGUACUUGAUGAGGGAGUACAAGGUAAGCGCACAGGAUCACGGAAGUGAUAAAAGGACAAAUGAGAGGCGUACGGAUAAGUCGGCAGAGAAUGGAGUUGAGCUGCUGGAACAACAACAAAAAUCGGAGGACAGCAACAACAAUCAAUUGGAUGAAAGCAUGGAGCACCUCGUGGACUGGUCGAAAGCUAUGCUGCCCCAAAUUUCAAAAAUAACAAAAUAUUACGACGAAUGGGUACAUAAGCCAGUAGACAGACCCCUGCGCUUGUUCGGUCCUUGGUAUUUGGAAAUGUGCACGAAGACUCCAUGGUGGGUUGUCCCAAUGUUCUGGAUCCCAACGAUUAUUGCUUGCGGCUGGCCAGAGUUCCAAGCGAACUCGCACAAUAUGAAGGAAAUUGCCACCUUCUUCGGCCAUCUGCUCUUUGGUGUAAUAUUUUGGACACUGCUGGAGUACACAUUGCACCGAUGGGUCUUUCAUGUUAAGUUGACUAGCAACAGUGGCCCUUGGCUUUGCACUCUUCACUUUAUGAUUCACGGACUGCAUCACAAGGUCCCAUUUGAUCCGAUGCGGCUUGUUUUUCCUCCAUUGCCUGGAGUUGUGCUUGCUAUUGUUAUUUAUACACCACUCAGUUUUCUUCUACAAAAUCACCAUCCGCGUUUGGUACUCACGGGUGCUUUAAUAGGUUAUUUAUGCUAUGACAUGAUACAUUAUUAUUUGCAUUACGGUAAUCCAUCGGCGGGUCAUCAUUUGUAUCACAUGAAGAGGUAUCAUUAUCAGCAUCACUUUGCUCAUCAAGAUCUCGGAUAUGGUAUUAGUAGUCCCAUUUGGGAUAUUGUUUUUAAGACACGUAUAAAUUUACGAAAAUUAAGAUACCAAUUGCGAUGGUCGUAGUAGCCAAGUCACAUUUUGCUACGUAAAUAAGAACAAAUUUGUAAUGUAGGUUAAGAAAAAGUAAGAUGACAAUUUUGUAAAACUUUAAGAAAAAACAUAUAUUUAAAUAAAAUUAUAUUAUAUUGUGUAUAAUAAUAAAUUCACACUGAGUACAAUAGAUGAUGUUAAAU